AUGGCUGAUUUGUGUGGAACUCCUAUGCGUCCUUCGGAUAGUUGGUCGUCGACUGAAGUUCGUAGUCUUCAACACUCUCAUAUGUGGACAAUUAAGGGAUUCAGUCAGUGUGAAUGUCGAUAUUUGGAGACAUCUCUACGCAUUAAGGAUUCUGCGAGUUCUACUAAUACAAAUACGAUUGCUAUACCUAAUGGGUUGACGGCAGACAAUGCCAGUUAUCUGACUUUCAAAAUUCGACUUCAUCCUCAAGGGAAUAAAGAAUCUAAUAAGGAUUUUUGCUUCUUUCAAGUAUUUUUCUUUUUAAUUUUAAGCUUCAUUCAAUAUUAUUUUUAUGUUUUCUCGUGCACUAGCGCCAAGUUCAAGGCUAAAUUCUCUGUGUUCAACACAAGGAGUGAGGAAGUGCCUGCAACUGUCUAUACGGGAACUCAGCAGUUGAAUGGAUAUUUUGAAUACAUUCGUCGUGAUGUUUUAAUCGGCCAUAUACAGCCAAGUGAUGAGAUUCAACUUCUUUUGAACUUGACUAUUGUUUCUGAUACAAUCACUAAGAACAGCCAAAAUGUUAUCAGUCCUGUGGUUCCUGAGCCUCGCCCUUCUGAGUUGGCUAAAGAUUUGGAACAAAUGUUUGGCGAUACUAGACAUUCGGACUUUACUAUUAUUUGCGAUGGCGAUAAAGAACAUCGUGAAUUGCCUGCUCAUAAAGUUGUUUUGGGAGCUCGUUCACCAGUUUUUGCGGCCAUGUUCGAACCUCAUACAGAAGAGGCUCAAAAAUCGGAGGUUCACUAUAACGACAUAGAUUUUGAGGUCAUGCGUGAAAUGCUCUUCUAUAUGUACAGCGGAACUGCACCAUCGCUUCAACAGAUGGCCUUGGACUUGCUGGCUGUUGCUGAUCGCUUUCAGUUGAUUGGACUUAAAGAAAUGGCAGAUCAAGUUCUCCGUAAUGGACUUUGUGUUGAUAAUGUCUGCAGGAAUCUUGUAUUGGCGGAUAUGCACAACGCUUUGGAGCUUAAGCAAGAUGCUUUGCGUUUUAUUGCGCAAUAUUCUAAUGGUGUUAUUGUUGUUAGUUUUUUUACUAUUUGUCAAAAAAAUUUUUCCUUGUCCAUUUACUAA